CAAUCACAGCGCUUCGUUAGGACAGCGCUGUAAAAGAGCUGUGGGCCAAUCACAGCGCUCCGUUAGGACAGCGCUGUACGAGCUGUAGCCAAUCACAUCGCUGUAAAAGAGCUGUGGGCCAAUCACAGCGCUCCGUGGAGACAGCGCUGUAAGAGCUGUAGCCAAUCACAGCGCUGUAAGAGCUGUAGCCAAUCACAGCGCUUCGUUAGGACAGCGCUGUAAGAGCUGUGGGCCAAUCAGUAGCCUAGCUUUAAGCUGUCAAUCAAACCACCGCGUUCUGACGAGUGGGCGGGACUUUUCGCUCGGCUGUAGUUCCGUCAUCUCGCUCUCGUCUCCGAGGCUACCAGAGGGGCCGAUGUUGAUCUGGUGUUGAUCCAACUCCCGCUAGAAGAGGAUCCAUUAUUAACAGCUGGGUUCGGUAACGGAGAAGUGGCAGGGCUUUUUGAUUGAGAAUAUUGCAUCCCCGCAGUGUUUUUUGGGGGGGUGGCUGUGGGGGAGAGGUGGGGAGCCUGGGGGGGGGCCUCGCUCGGAGGGGGGACAGGAGAAGACUGGAUCCUCCGUUGUCAGGGCCAACUGUCGGCCUGGCGGUCCAGCAGUGAAGAGCCCCAAAGCGACCGACACACCACCGCACCGCGAUAGCUCCACCGUGGAUCUAAACUCGAUAACCCGGUGGUUGAUGACCGUCUCCUGCCGUCAUCAGCAGCAGCUAUUAAAGAUCAAGACCUCGGGAGUUAACUAGCUGUUACAGCUGGAUUUAAGGAUAAAUACCCGUUGAUAACCUCUCCUAAUCGAGCUAUACCGGCUUGAUAAAGGGCUGUAGGAGGCGGCCACACCGCCACGGAUCACCCGCUGACGGGUUGUCAUCAUGGGCAACGCGCCCACGGCCAGGAAGGGCAGCGAGAUGGAAAGCGUCAAGGAAUUCCUUGCUAAAGCCAAAGAGGACUUUCUAAAGAAGUGGGAGAACCCUGCACAGAACACUGCUGGCCUGGAGCAGUUUGAGAGGUUGAAAACCCUGGGCACGGGCUCAUUUGGCCGUGUGAUGCUGGUGAAGCACAAAGAAACGGGACAGCAUUAUGCCAUGAAGAUCCUCAACAAGCAGAAGGUGGUGAAGCUCAAGCAAAUAGAGCACACUCUGAAUGAGAAGAGGAUUCUUCAGGCUGUCAGCUUUCCUUUUCUGGUGCGGUUAGAGUACUCGUUCAAGGACAACACUAACCUCUACAUGGUGAUGGAGUAUGUACCAGGUGGAGAGAUGUUCUCCCAUCUACGGAGAAUUGGCAGAUUUAGUGAGCCUCACGCUCGGUUCUACGCUGCUCAGAUCGUUCUAACCUUUGAGUAUCUUCACGCUUUGGACCUGAUCUACAGAGACCUGAAACCUGAAAACCUGCUCAUAGACCAACAGGGCUACAUACAGGUGACAGAUUUUGGCUUUGCCAAACGUGUAAAGGGCCGGACCUGGACACUGUGUGGCACCCCAGAAUAUCUGGCCCCAGAGAUUAUUCUCAGCAAGGGGUAUAACAAGGCAGUAGACUGGUGGGCACUUGGCGUACUCGUCUAUGAGAUGGCAGCAGGGUACCCGCCUUUCUUUGCUGACCAGCCCAUUCAGAUCUAUGAAAAGAUCGUAUCAGGGAAGGUGCGUUUUCCAUCUCACUUCAGUUCAGACCUGAAGGACCUCCUGAGGAACCUGUUACAGGUGGAUCUAACAAAACGUUACGGGAACCUCAAGAACGGGGUCAACGACAUCAAGGGACACAAAUGGUUUGCAACCACUGACUGGAUUGCCAUCUACCAGAAAAAGGUGGAAGCUCCCUUCGUCCCCAAGUUCAAAGGACCAGGCGACACCAGCAACUUUGACGACUACGAGGAGGAGGAGAUCCGCGUCUCCUUCACGGAGAAAUGUGCCAAGGAGUUUGCGGAGUUCUAGAUUUAGAGAGCGAGAGAGGAAGAAAGAAGGAAGUAGGGAGAGUCAAAGGUAGGCUGGUCAAGUGGGAGACGUAAGGAGAGAGUACUGUCUCCUGUCCAAUCACAAGCACCAGCUACAAAAAGAGGAAAAAAAUGGGAUAGAGAAGGGAAAAAAGAGCAAGGAGACUGAUAACCAGCAGUGUUGCCUUUUCUGUUGCGUUUCUGUUGUAUUUUAUUUAUUAUUCUGUCUUAUUUAUGGAUCCCUUUAUAAUGAAGGUGUGCUUCAGAUUCA